UCGAGAAAUUAAGCUGUGUGGUCCAGUGUUUUUGAGGUGGUGCUAUCCUUUUGAGAGAUAUAUGGGAACUUUGAAAGAUAAAGUUCGUAAUCCUGCACAACCAGAAGGUAGUAUAAUUCAAGGGAUUGUGGGUGAAGAGAUCAGUAAUUUUGUGGCUGAGUAUUUUGCUAGUGUUGAUCCUGUUGGACUUCCGACAUCCCGACACGAGGGCAGACUUGAGGGCAAGGGUACAAUUGGUUCAAAAUUGAUCACACCUUCCGUAGAAAAGCGUAAACAAGCUCACUUAUUUGUAUUGCAUCACGUACCAGAUGUCCAUCCUUAUUUAAGUGAACAUAUGGAGGAAUUACGUGUUAGCAAUCCUGGAAAAGGAGUGAGGGCAUUGACGCAAAUGCAUAACAAGACUUUCAUUGAUUGGUUUCAUAAACGAGUACUCAAUGAUUUGGAUGAAAGUGUUCCUGAAACAGUCAAGUGGUUAGCAUUUGGUCCUCGUGAAGCUGUACGCUCUUAUGAGGGUUAUGAUAUUAAUGGGUAUACUUUUUGGACUGAACGUCAAGAUCUCAAGUCAAGAUCGCAACAAAAUAGUGGUGUUUCACUUGUGGCGUCGUCUACACAAUAUGCAAGCUCGAAAGAUAAGUCGCCUGUACAUGCUGAAAGCAACUACUAUGGGCGAAUACAAGAAAUCUGGGAGCUGGACUACUGUACAUUUAAUAUUUGCCUCUUGUGUUGCACGUGGGUUGACAAUAAUCGCCGUUGUGUAAGAAACGAUGAUCCUUGCGGUUUCACCCUUGUUGACCUUAGUCGUUUACGUGAAACUGAGGAGCCAUUUGUAAUUGCAUCACAAGUGAAGCAAGUAUUUUUUGUAACUGAUCCUGCUGAUCAUAAGUGGUCAAUUGUUGUACCUGGUAAAAGGAGUAUCCUCGGUAUUGGUGAUGUUGAUAAUGAGGAAGAAUAUGAUGCAUUUGAGGACCUCCCCCCUUUACCUAUCCUGAAAUUCGUGUGGAAGAUGAUGUAAAUAUGUCGGAGAAUUAUAUGCGUGUAGAUCACACGGAAGGGAUACAUGUACUUGAGGAUCCUAAGAAAAGGCGGAAGCUCAAUGAAUCAUGAGACAUAAACUCAGGGACAUGGAGGAUGUGCAUACGGAUACGAGUGCGGAACACACUACCGAGGAUGAGUGUUUCGAUCACAAAAAGGAACAACGGCAAAUGGUUAUGGCUCGCCGUGAAGAAAAAGGUAAACAAACGUCAAUUGCAAGUAAGAACUUGCAGACGAAAAAGAGGAAAGGAAGGGGACCUACAAAGUCACUAGGGAA